AUGGCUUCUAAUAUCAUGGAACACCCUGUGGUCGACUUGCUCAAGUCGCUCAUGUCAAUCGUGAGCACCAGCGAACUUGAAGAAAGCAUUGGUGUCUUUUUAGAAGAGUACCUUCAAUCCUUGGGCUACACCGUUGAGCGUAUCCCCAUUUCACCGCAUUCACCUCGUCACAAUGUUUACGCGUACCUCGGCUCCUCUGGCAAGACACGCGUGCUCCUUACGGCUCAUAUGGACACGGUGCCGCCACAUAUCCCGCUGACGAUUGACGGCGAUACGAUCCGCGGAAGAGGUUCUUCCGAUGACUUGGGCCCCCUCGCAGCCCAAAUUUUGGCUGCAGAGGAGCUGAGAAAGGAAGGCAAAGUGCGGAAUGAAGGAGAUAUUGCGCUGUUGUUCGUUGUUGGUGAAGAGAAUGGCGGCCACGGAAUGAUCGCUGCGAACGACAUGGGUUUAAAGUGGGAGUCUGGCAUCUUUGCUGAACCGACUGAGAGUAAACUUGCAAAGGGCCACAAGGGGCAGGUGGCAUUUGAGGUCAUCGCCAAUGGCAUCGCCUGCCAUUCGGGAUAUCCUCAUCUCGGCAAAAGCGCCACUUCUGCCCUACUUGCUGUGUUGAACGAUCUCUCUGCGGCGACCUGGCCUGAGUCGGAGCUCCUCGGGCCUUCCACCUUCAACAUCGGCACUCUCGAAGGUGGAGAGAAACACAACAUCGUUGCUCCGUCUGCCAAGGCCCUUUGUGAAGUCCGCAUGGUUUCCGACCUGCCAGGCAUCAAGACCAAGAUUGCCGAGAUUGUUUCACGGCAUCCCGACGUGGAGUUGAAGUUUGUUUUUGAAUACCCCGAGGCGCUCCUGGAUUGGGAGAUUGACGGUUUUGAUGCGGCUCCCGUGGCUUUUGGGACUGACGUCCCUCGACUACAGGCCGAGUACUGUGACAAGAGGGUUUUGUACGGACCAGGCUCAAUCUUAGUAGCUCAUGGGCCAGAUGAGUAUAUCCACGUCCCAGAGUUGAUUGAAAGCAUAGCGGGAUACAAGAAGUUGGUGCUUCACUUCCUCAGGUAG